AUGGAAAAAAAGAUUCUAAGUCGGCUCAGCGAGAUGAUCGAUGUAGCUCCCGGAGAACUUGCCGGAAAAUCCGGCCUGGCCGAGCUCGGCAUCGAUUCCUUGCUGAUGAUGGAGGUCGCGUCUGAGAUUGAUUCAGCUUUUGGCAUAUCGAUACCCCAAGACACUAUACAAAGCCUCCUUAAUGUUGACUCUGUAGUUGAUUACCUCUACAGGCACGGCGGUGCGAACUCGUCUCGCGAGCCUGCUGAUGAGUUUGCACUUUCACCUCACCUGGAGGACAUUGAGGUCAUAGCAAUAACUACAAUCUUGAGCACUCACCUUGAGUGCUCAGCGACGGAAUUCCACGCCUCAACGGAUCUUGCAGACAAGGGCCUAGACUCGCUCCUCUGGAUGGAAGUCAUCAGUGACAUUGAGGCAAUAUUUGACGUCACCAUUGAUCUGUAUCUGACCCCAAGAAGCAAGUAUGGCGAUCUCUGUGACAAGCUCGAGCAAGCUAUUGGUCAUAACUGCUCCAGCCAAGCGACAUCUUCACCGUUCUCUUCGUUAUCGUGCUCAGAUGAGAUCAGCACAGACUCUACCAAGAGACACUCUAAGUCAGUCUCCUCUGGAAACCUCGACAGCAGCUCGGCCAAUGCGGAGAGUGUAUCGCCUUUUAUUGAAGCCCCGGAUGACUUCGAAAGCAUCAAGCCCGAAUUCGACAAGCUAGCAGCCAAGUACGAUUUCAAGCACUUCUUCGAUGAAUUGUACCAGAAGAAUGCCAGCCUUGUCCUGACAUACACCGUAGAGGCAUUUGCGGAGCUUGGUGUCCGUCUGGGCACACUGACGCCUGGCGACACCAUUCCACUCCUGGAUGUCUUGCCUAGGCAUCACCAACUUCGAGAGGUACUCUAUGAGAUCCUCAGGGACGGCGGACUGGCAGACUAUGACGGGAAGAGUUAUGUCCGUUCAGAGACAUCCAUUCACCCGACACACUCGAAUGCCCUGUUCAAGCAAAUAGGCAGCGACUUUCCCCACCACGCAAAAGAGCACAAAUUGCUCGAUAUAUGUGGAUCCAACCUCGCAAAGCUUCUCAUCGGUUCACUUGACCCUCUCAAGCUCAUAUCCGGAACAAAAGCCAACCGCGACACUCUCGAAGAUGUCUACAGCACUAGCCCAAUGUACGUGAUUAUGUCACAAUUGCUAACGAUUUUCCUCGCGAAGGCAUUGGGCAAUACGCGACCCGUUGGAGAUGGAGUGUUCCGAAUAAUCGAGUUGGGCGCUGGUACAGGCUCAACAACCCACCGGGUUGUGGACCGGCUGGUCCAACAAGGCGUGCGGAUCGAGUAUACAUUCACAGACAUCUCGUCCUCUCUGGUGUCAGCAGCGAAGCACAAAUUCCAGAAGUACGACUGA